AUCCUGUUAUCUUUUUACAGCCUCAUGGUAUGGUACAGAGGGGUUAUAUACCUCCGUGGGAGCAGUAUGCCCCUCCGCCUCUACCAGAGAAUCCUCCUCCUGACCAUUUGCAGCAGUACAGCAGUACACCUGGUCUUGCCCAGUUUCCCCAGCAGUGGAGGCACCAGUCACCUAUGGUCAACAGGGCUCUUGGGCGUCAGAUUCCAUCAACAGGAUCGCUGCCUCGACAUCUUAAUAAGAGAAAGCCAAGUCCCUCUAUAGGAAAGAGAGGCGUCAAUACUGGAGACUUUGACGUGGGCGGAGAGACACUAUCUCCUCCUAUAGAGAUGAUGCCUGGGACACCAUCUCUCAGGAGAGAUCCUAAGGAUCCUCUCCCUGGCCUACAGGGACUGCAGGGGCUGAGUGGAUCACGGAUCAUGGGGGCUCCUGGAGCACCACGUCUACCUCAGGACUACAGCCCAGGGCGCUUGCCUGAUAUGUAUGGGGGGAGUUCAGUGUACCAGGGGCCCAUUGAUGAGGAAGAGGAGAGUGAGCCUCAGUAUAACGAAGGCAGUGCCCUCUACACUGACCAGAGUGCCGUCUACGAAUCCACCUCUGCCUUCUACGGUAGUAUGGGUGAUAAAGCCUAUGCUGCAGAUAGUACCAAUCCUCUACUAGCCCCUCACAAUAGUCAUCCUGGGCUGCAGCAUGGCUCGAAGAUCAGCACUCUCCUCAUAAUCCACACCAGGCUAAUGGAGUGAAGGAUCAUGGCAUCCAACACACUAUAUCCCCUUUGCCAGACUCACACCCAUUGUCUCAUCAGCAACAGAACCAGGAGACCCAUCAACAGAACCACCAACAGCCUCUUUCUCACCAACGGUAACCAGCUGACUAUACCUUCUUAUAUAUAUUCUUAAUUAGCUAAUUCCUUUGAACAAUUAGUGGGUAAUAUUAAACAAGUGUAUAUUAAAUAAUCUGAUAUAUAUUUAUAUAUCCAAGUGAGAAAGUGAGAUAAAAAUCAGAUACUAGAUUAGCCACUCAGACUUAUUCAGACUUGUAUAUGAGGUCCAUAAUGCAGACCACUCAGUAUUUCGGACAUCAUUCUGGAGUAUCUGAAAGUAGAUAUUCCUACAUCCUACAGAGAUUCUUCCUCUUAUACAUCUACAUCCUGGAAAGGCAGCAAGAGAUAUCCUUUAUGAUCUCUUGUAUAAGCAUAGUUAUUGAGGUUUAAAGCCUGUCGACUACACGAGGCUUCAGGCCAACCUUCUCGCCACCAAAAAAAAAAAAAACCUUUAAUCUCUGAAGUCGUGAUUAAACUCAGCUUGUAUACACUGAGAGAAACACAACUCUCGGUGUUUAUACUCUGUAUGAUCAUACUGCGUUUAUGGUGUAUAAGUAUUAUAAGUAUGGGAAUCACAAUUUACAAACUAUACGUUAUAGUCUUGAAAAAUAUUUCCUAGUCUUGAAAAUAUAAAAAAAUAAUUCAUUUUUAUAUCUAACUCGUAGAUGCUUAUAAAUUAUCUAAAUGAAAUUAUAUUAAUGUUAUCUGUAAUGAUUAUAUCAUACUAUAAUUUUAAUUAAAUAUAACUAAAUAUUUUUUUCUUUCAUAAUUAUACAAUUUAUAGACGUAAAGGGAAUAUAUGCAUAGAUUUUUUUAUAUAAAUUGAGGCAUUAGUGAGUUAAAUACGUUAUUAAGAAGUGGAAAUUAGUAUCAACAGUGCCAUUGUGCUGCCAGUUGGAGUGCCACAAACGCUUCCAAGCUUCCAUAAACAUAUGUGUGGACACAACAGGUGUUAAGCACAGUUGCAAACAGGUGCAGAUGGAACAAGUGUCAAGAAGCAGCGGUGCUAAGUCAGCAUACAAGAGGCUUCCAGACCCACAGGUGUUUCUCGUAUAGAAAAAGUGUGUAUGCGGCCUCAUGGCUAUUAAAUAUACUCCUGGCAUGAUAGUGUACUUGUCACGGUAUACUUACCAUAGUAUACUUAUCAAAGUAUCAAUAUACUCCUGCCUUGAUGAUUCCUUCGUGUAUAUUAGGUUCAUUUUAGAAGAUAUUGUCCAUAUGGAGAGUUAGAAUGUAAUACAGUGUUUGGUGCAUCAUCCUUAUCAUCAUACUGUUCAUUAUUUCAUUAUUAAUCAUGAUGUGAAAGAAUAUAAUGCUAGAUGUACUAAUAAUAUUUACACUGCUGAUGGCUGGGAUGCUCUACAAAUGGAUCAUCAUACCGUGGCUCUUAUGCAAAUAAUCAAUACACAGCUCUAGGACUUUCACUUUGUCUCGAGUACUUCCUCAGGAGCUUCCAUUUAAUGAUGACAUUAUACACUGGUCAGCUGGAACUUUAUUUUACAAUGAGAUUUACUUUUGUCUGACAAAAAUAACAUUAUCACCUUAAUGAUUCUUUUAGGUGGGUCUUCCGGGUAGGGCGAGACGUGUGGGGCACAUCUUGCCCCAGCUGCCCAUUAAUGUCUGGGUUAAAUGUAGUGGCUUGUUUCCUGGCUUGAUUUUUACAGACAAUAGCAGUAGUAUAGGAUAGAAUAUAGUGACCAGAUAUACACAUCCUUGAGGUGUUUUAGCAGGGGUGUGAAAGCAGGGGUGUGAAAGCAGGGGUGCGAAAGCACAGGUGUGAAAGCAGGGGUGCGAAAGCAGGGGUGUGAAAG